AAAUAUUUUUUUAACCUCAAAAAGCUUUUAAACAGUAAAAGUUCAAAAGUUUCAAAUCCAAACUUUUUAUAAACUCCCUUUUUACUUACUUUUCACUCCCUUUUUCACCUUCCUAAAAGCUAAAACUCUAUUUUCCCUCCAAUAAAAAUUUAAACUUAUCAGUCAUAACAGUUCAUAAAAAUGGGGGGGAUUUUGCAAAGAAGAUUGGAAGAGAGAGAUGAAGGAAAAUCAUGCUCCUCCUGCACCUUUUGCUUCUGUUGCUGCGCUGAGCCCAGAUUCCCUGCUGCUGCACCAGCCCUGCUCUGCGCCCCUUGCUUACCGCGAACCAGCCUUGCUCCCGCACCCGAGACUUGCUCUGCACCAGUCCUGCACCUCUGCGCCCAGAUCUCUUGCACUCUGCGCCAGCUAACACCGGCAAUCAUACCCCUUUGCACGCCAGCCAUCACUGGCAAUCAUACCCCCCUCUGCACCGAGCCUGUGCCCUUUUCUCUGCGCCCCACUGUCGGCAAUCAUACCCCCUUCACACCACGCCUUACCGCCCUGCACCGAGCCUGCACUCUUGCACUCUGCGCCCCAAUCCCUCACCUCUGCACUCCUACUCGCUAUAGCCAUGCCCCUGCCUCACCUAUAGAAAAAACAGCAAUACCAGGCAAAAUCAGCAUCAUCAGUGAUUGACGGAGUAAGGUUUUUUUUUUAAUUUUUUUUAUUUCAUCUUUAUUUUAUUUUAUUAUUUGGGUAAAUAUAUAGAGCAAAAAGCAGAGUAAAGAGGGGGGUCUUUUGUUAAUUUCGGAGUUUGAUUUGGAGGUCUUCGUCUGGGUUUUGAGAAUAGUAGAGGGAGAUUUCGAGGAGAAAGAGAGUUUGUUUUUCUGUGCUUGUUGUUUGGUGUUUGGGUGUUGAGAACGUUGGUGAAAGGAAGAGCACUCUGCUGGAGGCAUCACCGGAUUACUAGUUGGAGAUAGAGGUUUUGUUCUUUUUGGUAAUUUUUUGAAACUGAGAAAGUUCAAGAAAGGGUGGUGAAGGUGACGAACAGAGCUUGAUCCCGUGGGUGGGAUUCCUCUGUUUGGAACCGGAUCUACUGUCUUUUUUCUGGAAUUUUCACUUUUAGAUUUCUAUGUUUGUUGAUGUUUGGUGUUAUUUUAGGGAUUGAUACCAAGAUAUAUGGUAAUUGUUGAUGAAUGAAUGACAGAUUUUACUAGUAUGUAACGAACAUGUGCUGAAUUUGAAAUUGAAUGCGUGAUUUCUGAAAAAAAAAAAAUUGUUUGAAAUGAAUAUGAACCCUAAUUUUAAAUGUCUUCUUCCAUGUUUGAUCUGAUUUCACUUGUUUUGGUUGACGGGUUGAGUUUUUGGGCUA